GGAGGAGCUUUGGAGCCUGGGGGGUGGGGCCAGAGCUGAGAGAGCGCCAUGGGCCCCCCCUCGCUGCUCCUCCUCCUCUUCCUCGGCGCCACCGUGGCCCCCGCGGCCCCCCCGGACCUGGAGGAGCCCGAGGAUUACGCGGAGUGCAGCGAUGGGUACGAGUGGGACCCCGAAACCGAGCACUGCAAAGACGUGGACGAGUGCGCGGCGGAGGGGCCGCGGCCGUGCCGGGGCUCCAUGAAGUGCCUGAACCAUUUCGGGGGGUACCUGUGCCUGCCCCGCUCGGCCGCGCUGCUCCGCCCCGGGCCCGCCCCGGGCCCGGCCCCGCCCCCGGCCCCGCCCCCGGCCCCGCCCCCGCCGCGCCCGGCCCCGCCCCCCGCCCGCCGCUGCCCCCCCGGCUUCGGCCCCGCCCCCGACGGCGCCUGCGCAGACGUGGACGAGUGCGCGGGGCCCCCCCCGUGCCGGCCCAGCCAGGACUGCAUCAACCUCCCGGGGGGCUUCGAGUGCCGCUGCCCCCCCGGCUACCGGCACCGGCCCCCCGAGUGCGUGGAUGAGGACGAGUGCCAGUUCCGCUGGUGCCAGCACAGCUGCGCCAACUCCCCCGGAGCCUUCGCCUGCCGCUGCCACGCCGGCUUCAGCCUCGGCCCCGACGGCCGCUCCUGCCUCGACGUGGACGAGUGCUCCAUGGGCGCCCGCUGCUCCCAGCUCUGCCUCAACACCUUCGGCUCCUUCCGCUGCCGCUGCCGGCCCGGCUUCGUCCUGGGCGCCGACGGGCACCGCUGCCACGGUAAGGCGCGGGCAGGCGUGCGACACGGCCAGGUGUGGACACGGCCAGGUGUGGGACACGGCCAGGUGUGGGACAUGCCCAGGUGUGGGACACGCCCGGGUGGGACACGGCCAGGUGUGAGACACGGCCAGGUGUGGGACACGACCAGGUGUGGGACAUGGCCAGGUGUGGGACAUGCCCGGGUGCGACAUGACCGGGACGAGUGUGCCGAGGGCUCCCACGAGUGCGGGGGGGCCCAGAGCUGCCUCAACACUUUUGGGGGGCACCUCUGCAUCCCCCGCGAGCUCUGCCGGGGGCCCUACGCCCCCCACCCCCGCAGCAAUGGGACCUGCGUGUGCCCCAGGGGGGGUCCCGGCUGUGCCCCCCGGCCCCGCUGGCUCCUGCAUCGCUUCCUGGCCCUGCCCCACAUCCCCGACGUCCCCGCCGGCAUUUUCCAGCUCCAGCACCCCCCGGGGGACCCCCAGAGGCUGCGGCUGCGGGGGGGCCCCCCUGGCACCUUCCGCCUGCGGGCGCUGACCAAUCACAGCUCGCUGCUGGAGCUGGUGCGCCCCCUGGCGGGCCCGCGGCAGCUGCUGCUGGAGGUGGAGCUGCUCCGGCCGGGGCCCCGCCCCCCGGCGCAGGCCCCGCCCCCCGCCGCCGAGGCCCCGCCCCCCGGCGCGUGGGACCCGCCCCCCGGCGCGUGGGACCCGCCCCCUGCUGGGCGUGGCCUGGCUUUGCUCCGCCUCCACCUGUCCAUGGGUGCCCACCCAUUCUAGGGGGGACACCCCCGAAACCUCCACUGGGACCCCCCAGACACCCCCUGGGAGCCCCAGGUGUGCCCUGGGGCCCCCAAAACCUCCCCGGGCUGACCCUCGCCCUGCCUGGGACCCCCGAAUUUGUUCCCUGGGUGCCCCAAGUUCCUGAAGGGAUCCCCCAACCCCCAAAGAACUGUCGGGACCCCCGGUUUGGGAACAAAGAAUGAGAGUCAGCGCCAA